AUGGUCAUAAUCAAAGACUCAAACUUCCUGGAAUUAGCCCCAAAAAUACGGAAAACUCUUCUUCAUUCUGAUUUCAUCGCGAUCGAUUUCGAAUUUCUUGGCCUCGAUUCAUCAGCAAUCUCUCUUCAUGACACAGCGGAGGCUCGAUACCGUAUCCUCCGUGAAAAUGUCGUCAAGUAUCGCCCGUGUCAAUUAGGAUUAAGUUUUUUUAAGCAAACCGAUAAUCUUGGAUACAAAGCGGACAGCUACUCGAUUCCACUUCUUCAACGAUUCGGCGAUGUUGAUACAAAAGUGUCUUUCUCUUCACUACGAUUUCUUCUGAACAACAAAUUCGAUCUUAAUCAAGUGAUCACCGACGGAGUCGAGUUUUGCAGAAGAGCGGAAAUUCGAAAGUUUGAAAUUGCUUUGAGAAAAGGAACAGCAACUAGCUAUAUUAGCAAGGAUAUCCAACUGCAAAUCGAACUUCUCAAAGUGAUGCUUCAUGAAAAAUGCUAUCGUGUGGAACUUGAGAAGAUCACAAAUUCAACAAUCGAACCAAUGCAAGAUCCCAAUUUGAAAGUCGCACACAAUAAACCUGUUUCGCUGAAAGUUCCAUCUGGAUUCAGCAGUGUGGAAAUAUGUAUGGUUAUUCACGAACUAACAAAUGCUUUCCCUCAAUUCGUAUUCAAAUUCAAUAGUCAAAACUCAACACUGAAUGUGGCAAUGCUGCCUGAAAAGAUGACAGAAACUGAAAACAAGAACCAAACACGAUUGCGAUGCUCUGAGUCAUUCGAAGGCAUCUCUGCAAUCUUGGAGGCUGCGAUGAUGAUGAGAAAAGUUAUCGUCGGUCAUAAUAGUCUUCUUGAUGCUAUGUAUUUGUAUCAUUACUUUUUUGCACCACUUCCUCAAAAUUAUAAUGCUUUCAAAAGACAAUUUCACGGACUCUUCCCAAAAAUCAUCGACACAAAGCUCAUCGCACAAUCGCUACGUAUAGAACUUCCUGGAGUGGGCGAUUCACUGGAAAAGCUUGGCGAUUAUUUUGGAACCGAAAAAUCGAAUAAGACAGUACCACCAGAACUUCGUGGAUAUAUUGGACCAUGGAUGAAUCCGCUCGAUGACGAUUCCGAAAAUGUGUAUCAUAAUGCAGGAUUUGAUAGCUAUAUUACCGGAGAAGUAUUUUUGAAAUUGGCUCAUACGUAUAUUAAUAGAAAGAAUAAUUUGAAAAACGAGAGCCUCGAAUUCACAAGAAUCCUCCAAUAUCUGGAAGCUCCAAUCCAAAAUCGUCUGCCAUUUCAGCUAAUGGAUAUGGGAUGUUGCUACUUGACAGGAGAAGAUUCAAAAGGCUGUCGUCCAGAUGUCAUUACAAUUGUCAGAAGAGAUUUAUUGCCGAUUGGCGAGGAAGAAUACAGAAUUCAAGAGAAAGUACUGAGUUCUCUCAUGGCGACUUAUCAGUUUGAUAUUGAGUGGUCGAAAGACCGAAAAAAGCUUCUUCUGGCUACCAAUACUCCGGGAUCAUACGCGUUUCUCUGUGAAAAGUUCUCGAGAAAUGAAAGUCUAUCUCCGUUGGAUGAGACUUUCGAACAACGACAGACUUCGUGGCGUAGCUACAAAGAUGUGAAUUUGGGAGUGGUCGACUUUAUCAAAAGGCGCUGGAGUCGUCAACAGGUCGCUAGAAUCGAAGCGGCUUUGGGUAGAUAA